GCGCAUAACCUCUAAAAUCCGCCGCCGAGAGUGUCGAGCCUGAGCGCGUCCGAGUCGUUGGCGCGACGACGACGUUACGUUACGUGACGUGACGUGACGUGACGUGCGUGACGUCGCGGCGUUACGUGAGACGACGCGGGGCCGCCGUCACGUGCGGAGAGCCGUGAAAUAUCGGGGCUUGUGAUCCCUCGACACCGUCCGCAGGACGGGGGUGGCAAACGAGAAGUAUAUGGGCUGCCAAGAAAGAAGACCGCUCGUCCGUACGAAAGGUGCGUAGAUUACGUCGUCUUAUCGACGAUAACAAAUACUACGCCUUAGCCUAAUCGCGAUGUGCCGAAUCGAGGAAAAUGUCAGGAAAAAUACAUGCACGGAGAUUCUUACGAUUCUAAAGCCUAGAUAAUGGGUCAUGGAUCGAGUCGUUCCGCUUCAUCAGCGAAUAUUCUUUCUGCGGAGGAGUUAACACUAGUGGAGAACCUCUUUAAAUCCAUGUCCCGCAGCUCGGGCUCCAUUAAACGCGAAGAUAUAUUCAAACACUGGUCGACUCACUUGGACGACGUAUUGCUACAGUUUGUGGUACGAUUUCUUUGCCAUGAACCUGGCAAAAAGGUCUCGGCAGUCAACGGCGAAAACUUUGGUAGACUCUACGUUUUUGCCGUACGUGGUAGUCCCGAGGAACGCACCAAUCUGAUCUUUGAUGGUUUCUCGGAGGACGAGCAAAAGUACGAGAUGCCCACCGCUACGUUCCUUCAGUAUAUUCAAGCAACGAUCAACUCUUACUUGCGACUACAAAAGAAUUCUGGUAAUGCCCAUUACCUCAGCUGGAGCAGCAUCGGCUGUACCGUCAAUACCAGACGUAUAAGUAUGCGUUCGCGCUGUCUUUGCGAAGAUCUGGUGAAGUACGGGGACGUAUUGACCGUCGAUCAAGUGGAGAAUUGGUUUGUGACGGCGGCUACGUUCAAGCACAUUCAGUCGCAUGUUUUCCAAUACCUUUAUCUGAUUUCUCAGAAGAAGGGUAGCGAUAAGAGUACAGGUGUGCGGCUAAACGAUCUGAAUCUUUUGCCGUUAUGCAAGGGUUUGGAAAAUAUACCGCAUUUUCCGAGUAUACUAGGCUUAGGAGACGUUUUGUUCCUGAAUCUGAGUCUGCCGCACGAGCUUCGUAACGAAUGGCGAUUUCUGUUCUCAAGUCAGGUACACGGCGAAUCAUUUUCCACUAUGCUAGGAAGGAUCGUCAUGCAAGGUGCAACGAUAAUCAUACUUCAAGACACAGACGAUCACGUGUUUGGCGGUUUUGCCUCCGACAGCUGGAAGCUAGGACCGAAUUUCACAGGGAAUCAAACUUCGUUUCUAUUCAAACUCGAUCCGGAAAUACUGACGUUCUCGUCGACAAAUUACAACAAUCACUAUCAGUAUCUCAAUCUCCAUCAGCAAACGAUGCCUAACGGCCUGCUCAUGGGGGGGCAGCUUAACUAUCCCGGCCUCUGGUUGGACUGCGAAUACGGUACCGGCAAAUCGAGUUUGUCGUGCACCACCUUCCAGAAUUAUGUACAACUUAGUGGUAAGGAAGACUUUAAAAUCAAACACUGCGAGGUGUGGGGGGUUGGCCCGGUGCCAGACGUCGAAGAAGAUGUACGCGAGGCGAAAUCUGUGUUGGAUCAAGACCCGACGUCAAAAUUAAUGCUGGAACUGUCCGGUCGUAAGUUACAUAGCGAAGGACUUCGCGAAGAACAAGAGUAAUUGUGAUAUAAAAUUUAGAAAUCUUUAUGAAAAUUUGAGUAGGACGAGAGAAAGAGAGAGAGAGAAAAAGAAUGCUAACGUUGUAAAGAUAUUUGCAGAUAUUUAAGAUUGUUCAACUUUUCAUUUAAUUCGAAUAAAAUAUAUGUAAAAUUUGUUAUCGAUUCUGAUAAUUGUAAUGGGAUUAUAUACGGGUAUGAGAGAGAUAUGUAUAAAAUCUUAAUAGUUUACAAAAAUAACUUAUAGUGAGAGAAAGAAAGAGAGAGAAUCUUCCCAUUUUACAUAAUCUUUAAAGUUGAAAUGAAUUCGCCACGAGAGGCAAUUAGAAUGUUAACGGAAACGAAUUAUAUUACGAAAAUCAUUGCGUGAAAAGUUUGAAUGAGAAAAUUUCGUCUACUUGUACGAAUGCGAGCUUUAUGUACAUUUUUUUACAGACUCAUAUGUGUGUAAGAUUGUUUAUUUGUAUAAUUAUUUAUCUAAGUAUAUUAUAUAUUAGGACUUUUGUCCCUUUUUAUAACGGCCUGAUGUUUCUCGAUUCGCGAUUGUCUCUUUCGGCUCAUUCGAUUAUUACUUAUCGUAUAUAUUACGUGCAAUCUUAUCACAUUGUCUAUAUGUGUACCUUUUUUAUUAAACUUAAAAACUAUGAUAUUAAAGAGUAUCAUGCCAAUCAUUGCGUGGCCUGAAUGCCUAUUGUAUAGUGCCUGACAAGUCGUUAUAAUUGUUAAUUUAUCGUUCUCUGCAUAUGUUAAUUAUUUGUAAACGAAUAACCGUGUGCCAUACAAAUUGCUCUUGUUAAGACUGUAUAAUCGUGUCAUAAAAUAAAAAAUACACACACACACACUACAUAUAAUGCAAACACACCGAUUUACCAGCUAUAAAAUCGACGGAAACCACCGCAUAUUACUGUAAGAUCUAUUAAAAAACUUCAAUAAACAAUCAAAAUCUACAUCUC